ACGAGGGUGUGGCAGGCCCCAGGCCCACCUCCCCUCACACCCAGUUCUGGAGGCCUUCGGGGGAGUGAGGGGACAGGGUCCUGCAGGGCGUGCAGAGCCUACAGGCAGGCUUUGGGGGCCCCCUGGUUCCUGUUCCCUGCCCCCCGCCCCCCCAAGCUGCAGCAGGACUGCCUCUUGUUUGGCGGCCAGCGUACCCUCCUUGGCCUCCUGGCCUCCCCAGCCCUGGGUCCUGGGAGCAGGGCAGGGCCUCCCAGCAGUUUCCUUCCUUCCUUUCUUCGGACGGAAACCUGGCUGGUGGGGGGCGCCGGGCUGGAGCCUGAGCAGGGGAGGGGGACUCGGUCACCACCCUGUUCCCCAAAGUGACUCAGCCCUGUGUCCCACCCGUCCCUGGGGAGUCUGGGCCACAGUGGGAGGUGGAUAAAUGGGGUGGCAGCCCACGCUGGCCCGAGAGCUCAGGUCACUCCAGCUGGACGCUCUGCCCGACGCAUCUGUCCCGACUCCCAUGGCCCGCUCUGGGAACGCCGCACCAUCUGCCCCGGCCCCGGGAACCCCUCCACAGAGCCCGUCUCGGGGUCUUGUGCAGGAUGCCAACGGGCCCCUGAGGGAGCUGCGCCCAAGGCUUUGCCACCUGCGGAAGGGCCCCCAGGGCUAUGGGUUUAACCUGCACAGUGACAAGUCCCGGCCCGGACAGUACAUCCGCUCGGUGGACCCCGGCUCCCCUGCCGCCCACUCUGGCCUCCGUGCCCAGGACCGACUCAUAGAGGUGAACGGGCAGAAUGUGGAGGGGCUGCGCCAUGCAGAGGUGGUCGCCAGCAUCAAGGCACGGGAGGACGAGGCCCAGCUGCUGGUGGUGGACCCCGAGACGGAUGAACACUUCAAGCGGCUGAGGGUCACACCCACCGAGGAGCAUGUGGAAGGCCCACUGCCAUCGCCGGUCACCAACGGGACCAGCUCAGCCCAGCUCAAUGGUGGCUCCGUGUGCUCGUCCCGAAGCGACCUGCCCGGCUUAGACAAGGACACUGAGGACGGCAGCACAUGGAAGCGAGACCCUUUUCAGGAGAGCGGCCUUCACCUGAGCCCCACGGCAGCCGAGGCCAAGGAGAAGGCGAGAGCCACCAGGGUCAACAAACGCGCACCACAGAUGGACUGGAACCGGAAGCGCGAGAUCUUCAGCAACUUCUGAGCCCCACUGCCUGCUCCCCGCCGGCUCCUCCCCACGGGCCUGGGCCUCGCCCUUCGGACUGCCCAGAGCGCCCCAUGCCCCGGUGGACUGGAGGGGGCAUCCUUCCCCCUAAGCUGGGGUGGUCCCACCACCACCCAGGAACCAGCACGUGCCCCCGGGAGCCCGUCCUGCCCCCCACCCGCGGGGUGCUAGGGGAGUGUGGCCGCAGGAUGGGCAGAGGGAGCCCCUGAGAUGUGAGAGACCCAGAGAGACAGUGAGGGGCAGGGGAAGAAGGAGGGGAGGGGCGGUGGUGACCCGCGGGCUGGCCGCCGUGCUGACUGCCUGGGCCUGCUGACUUACAGGAAUUUGUGUUUUUGCCUUUUUUUUUUUUUUCCAGAAAGAGCUCUAGCUCCACAUAUGUUUCCACUUAAUAGCAGAGCCCCGCCCCCACCCCCUCAGGACGUGCUCUCUAAAUACUUGCAAUAAAACAAACCUUUCUCUGCACACCAUUUCCCCCCAACCCCCUCAGCAGCAGCCAUCCCAAGUGGGAGUCCCAGGGACUGGGCUGGGGGCUCGCAGGCUUCAGGGCAGGGGCUGUGGGAGCUGCCCUCUGCCCUUUCCUUGGGUGGGCAGUCUGAGGACGGAGGCCCCGUGCCCCUGAGGAGGGCACCUCUGGACAAGCCCCUCGUCACUGCAAGGCAGCCCCCAGGAAGGAUCCCAGGCUCCUGGGCUUGGCCCCUGCCGGGAGCCUCCCAGGAGAAACCCCGAUCUGCCUUUCCCUCUGCCCAGAUCCCGACCCACCGACCGACAUUGCUGUCUGCCCUACAAGCCAUAGCGCAUGCGCGCCCUCUGAAUAAACAGGCCUUCCCUGGACCCUG